CAAUUACCAACUGAUUAUUACUGUAUUGUGCGAGGUCGGGGUCAUGAUUAUGUAAUGAGGUCAAGUGGCGCACUUAGCGAGGUCAAGUUUUCUGUAUACACCAGUUCUCUCCAGCUUCAACUAACAUGCAAAGUUACGAAGGAAAACAAUGACGAAGGUAAACUCUACUCCGUAACUAUACAACCAAUCACCACCCAACCAGUCGAACCUAUUGUCUAGGUACAGUACAUUACAAUGAGACAAACGGCUGAAAGAUUGAACCGCGGGAUCUCCGGGGCCCAUCUGCGUCAGAAGUAUCGACGUCAUGGAUCUGAUUCGCGGCGGGGCAGCCAGGGGGGCGGAGGGGGGAAGAGCGUUUGUUUAAGGGGGCCCGGGAGGCGAAAAGUUUUGCCUGCGUGGGGAUGGGAAGGGGUGUCUGUCAAUUGGUGAUAUUAUAUUGCGAGUGGGUGGGUUGGGUUCAUUGUGUUUGUAGCUUGUUGAUUGUAUGUACAAGUAGUAAGGGUUAGGAAAUGCUCAGCUGCAACUUCACCCAUUGUCUCAAAUACCGCCGUCUCUGCCGCCGCAUCUUUCUUCACAGCUGGAGUGCUCUAGCCUGGCAUAUUCUAUCCUAUCAGUUCCCAGACUGCUCUUGUUCAGACGGCUUGUCAUCACUCAACCCGGGUGGAUUUGCGAGGAGAACAGUUGUUGUCGUAUCUCUAUAUAUACACAUCCAUCAGUCCAUCAGUCCAUCAGUCCAUCCAUCCCGAAACCAGCCGUUCUUGAUAUAUAGACCGGUUGCACGAAGAUCACCACUCUUUCUCUCUCCCCAUUCUGUCUAAAUCUAACCAGAAAUCACCCCCAUCGCCCCAUCGCAGCUAUUCCGGAACCACCCGCUUCCCAUCGCAACCAUGUUCCUGAAGAAGAACCUUACGGAAGAGGGCUCGUUGCCAGAGCACCAUUCCAACUCUCACCGCAACCACAAGCAUGGCGAGGGGCGUCACACGCCGCAUCUGAGGCCAUACGUCGACAUGGUCAUCUCCGCGUUCCAGGACCGGCGUUUCCAGCGGCGGACCUCCGUUUAUCAGAAGCGGGAUCUGCAGGAUCGGGUUGCGAAGAAGAAGUGGACGGGGCCGCCGUCGGAGACAAUCUACGGCGGCAUCUCCGUCCGCUCUAGCGAAAAUAAUGACAUUAUCAUCGCCCUCGCCAUCCGUGACACAACCUACUUCCUCGACUUCUCCGAGCACCACUUCCCCGUCGACGAGAGCUUCCACCCCACCGCAGACAUCAUCACCGACUUCGUCAUCCAUGAGCUGCGCAAGUACGAGCGCGAGCACCUCGAGAAGUUCAUCGGCAUUGCUCUGCCGCACGAGCUGGCGGAGCGCUGCCCGCAUCUGUGUCCCCGCCUAUGGGGGGAGCUGGAUAUCGUGCCGCUGGUCCUGCACGGCAAGGGCGUGCAUAGCGUCGGCUGGAUUAAUCGGGAGUAUUGGAAUACGAAGACGUUGGAUGAGCAGGCUGAGUCGGUGGCGAGGAAGUGCAUCACCUUCUUCGGGCCUAGCAAGGCGCCUCUGCUGCAGGUGGGGUAUCGCGGAGGUGUGGAGGUUGACUGCGGCUUCCAUGCUGUCCUGGCUAAUUUGUCGGAUUAUGAGCUGACGGUUGGCUCUCGCACGUGGAAUUCUGUGUUGAAAUAUGCGGAUGAUUUGAAGAAGCGCAAAGUCAAAGUUGCGUUUUUCAGCGCCACGCCGCAGGGCGGUGGUGUUGCGCUGAUGCGGCAUGCGCUGGUCAGAUUUGCGGAAACGUUGGGCGUGGAUUUCAAGUGGUACGUCCCCCGCCCGCGCCCGGCCGUCUUCCGCAUCACAAAGACAAAUCACAACAUCUUCCAAGGCGUCUCCAAGCCCGAUGAACGUCUUACAGAGGAAAAUAAAGCCGCCCUCACAGACUGGAUCGUCGGCAAUGCCAAACGAUACUGGUUCGGCAAGGGCGGGCCUCUCUCCGCCCCAUGCGAGGGCGGCGCGGAUGUCAUCGUCAUCGACGAUCCACAGAUGCCUGGUCUAAUCCCCCUGAUUAAAGAGGUGACGCCGAUGCGGCCUGUCAUCUACCGCAGCCACAUCCAGGUCCGCAGCGACCUGAUUGCGGAUCCAACGACGCCGCAGGCAGAGGCGUGGAAUUAUUUCUGGGAUAGCAUCAAGUGCGCGGAUUUGUUUAUUAGCCAUCCCGUCUCGAGCUUUGUGCCGCAUAUGGUGCCGCGAGAGACGGUGGGGUACUUGCCGGCGUCGACAGAUUGGCUCGAUGGAUUGAAUAAGACCAUGGACGAUUUUGACAUUGGUUAUUACGGUCGUAUCUUCAACGCGAAAUGUCGCGAAAUCGGCAUGACCACCAUUGAUUAUCCAGAUGACGAGUACAUUGUCCAAAUCGCCCGCUUCGACCCAUCAAAGGGUAUCUUCGACCUCCUCGAUGCAUACGAAAAAUUCCGCAUCCUCUUCGGCGAAAACCGGCCCAAAGAAGAGAAGCCUCCCAAGCUCCUGAUCUGCGGACACGGCUCUGUCGACGACCCGGACGGCGUGGUAAUCUACGACGCCGUCAUCGAGCACAUCGACAACAACCUCGCCCACCUCAAGUCCUCCAUCUGCGUCAUGCACAUCCCGCCCUCGGAUCAGAUCCUCAACGCCCUCCUCUCCAAAGCGCGCGUGGCCCUCCAACUCUCCACCCGCGAGGGCUUCGAGGUAAAAGUCUCCGAGGCCCUGCACAAGGGCAAGCCCGUCAUCGCCACGCUCGCCGGCGGCAUCCCGCUGCAAGUGCAGGACGGCAAAAACGGCUUCCUCGUCGAAGUCGGCGACUCCGACGCCGUCGCGCACCACCUCUACAACCUCUGGACGGACGACGAGCUCUACUACCGCCUCAGCAGCUGGGCCGCGGACAGCGUCAGCGACGAGGUGAGCACGGUCGGCAACGCGCUGUCGUGGCUGUAUCUGGCCAGCGAGGUGUCGAAGGGCAAGACCGUGGCGCCGAACGGGAAGUGGAUUAAUGAUAUGGCGCGCGAGGAGGCGAAGGAGCCGUAUGGCCGGCACGAGAAUCGGUUGAAGAGGACGUUGGGGGAUAAUGAGGGGAUUGGGGUUGGGGUUGGGGGGUUUUCGCUGCAUAGGGGGCGGUCGAGAGAUUUGGGAAAGUAAGGGGUAUGUAGGUAGGAGAGUAAAUCGAGUCUGGUAGUGUGUUUUUUUAUGCUUUUGCUUUCCCUAUUUUUGUUACGUGCGGUUCGUCGCGAGAGUUGGUAUUUUCUUUCAUUUUCUUGAUAUUUUAAAUUCCUUCAUAAAGUGCACGGCUUGUUAAAUUUUUUUUUGAAUAUGUUGCCUUCAAAAGAAAAAAGAGGGAAAAAAAGAAAAGAGAGGAGGGAAAAGAAGCUUGUCUUUCUUGCCUCUAUCGAUCAUUCCAAGUUGAUCAUUCCAAGUUGUCUGCAGAUUUUGGUUUCUACAUUUUUUGUUAUUACAAAUACCUGCACGGAGUAGAUAUAAGUUAUAGUUUAGCUACAACAUGGUUUAUUUAUAUGGCUUAUAGUUUUAUAAUUGCCAUUUCACAUUCCUGUUCACACAGGGUACAUCGAAGGGAAGAAAUCGAGUCCGGGGAAAAAAGGAAGAAAUUCAAGGAGUCAAUAAAAACUGGGGACACAUUGACGUUUUCUUUUCGGCUUCAUGUUAUGCGGUUCUCAUGGGAUGGAUGGGGGAGGGGAGGGGGUUAGUAGAAGAGCAAAGACACUCGUGUUAAAAAAAAAAUCAUAAUCCGAUGAGAAAGCAGAUAUUUCAUCAUGAUUUUUCUCAUUUCCUCCUUGUCCUUGUCAACAUACCGAAGAGGCGAUUUUUUAUUUACUUUAUCAUUUCAUAUGAAUAUGAAAAGAAACGUAGGUGCCGGGAUUUCCG